CGCGCGUCUCUGAACGGGUUUGACGCGCGUCUGACGCGUCACGAACGCCGUCGCUCAUCGGGUUAAACAGUUUAGAAAGCAGUUCUUCAAAUCCUGCAGCUUGCGUCGGAUUCGGUCUGCGGUAUCAUAGCAACAACACCGGAGAAGCGCGUAACAUCAUCCGCAGUAACAGUGGAUCCCGAACCGGACCGGAGCCGAGCUCUGGAGCGGGGAACCGGCUCGCGGAGAGAUCCCUGACUCGAAUUAACGGACUAAACGCGCAUAAUGCGGUCUUGUGAAGAGAGAAAGUUUGCGUGUCGUUGCCGGAACGCGAAUCUGUUAGUCGUGUUUCACGGAUGAUUAAUUGAGCACCAUCAUGAUCGCCACAGGGGGUCUGCUGCGGAUAUCUGCCAGGAGACAGGACUCGCUCCGCGCCAAGAACCGAGCCGAGAACAAGCGCAAGAGGAAAGAGAAGAAAAAGAGGAAGAAUGAAGUGGUAGUGGUGAAAGGAAAGCUCAAGCUGUGCUCUGUAUCUGGACUGGUCGCUGCUGUUGGGAUUCUGGUGCUUCUGGUUGGAGUGGCCAUGGCUGUGUUGGGCUACUGGCCCAAGGAGAGUCCACUGUACCCAGGACUGAUGAACACACAGACCUCUCCGAGGACUUACGAGAGCCGAGGAUCACUCAAUGUGACCGGCAGACCGCCUUGGGAUCUCCUAGAUAAAGACUUCAGGAGCUCCAAUGGGACUGCUGAGCUGGAUCCGCCGAAACUGGGAGCGUUCACUGCAUUCAUCGACAGAUACCUAUACUCAGACAAGCUGAAGGUGUUCGGACCUUUAAUCAUGGGCAUCGGGAUCUUCCUAUUCAUUUGUGGCAAUGCAGUACUUCAUGAAAACAGAGACAAAAAGACCAAAAUCAUUAACCUCAGAGACAUCUACUCAACGGUGAUUGACAUUCAUAGUCUGCGGAGCAAGGAGUCGGCUCCGCUCAACGGUUUCAUGAACUUCUGCCAAUCGAAAGACACCAAAUCGAACGGUUCCCCUCAUAAGGGAUCGUCUCAAGGUAGCAUGAUCCCAUCCCGACGACCAUCUACCACCAUCCCACGAGUCUCGUCUUUGGAAAGACAGAGCUUUACGGACACCGUCUACAGCAUCUAUCGAGAUCAGAACCGAAUUGACAAGCAAUGGGAAACCAGGAGCACUUUGGUCAAUGCUUUCACCCUUCCAAUGAUGAAGCUCAACCACCGAGGAGCUCAGGAACGAAGGGGUUCGGAUAAAACCAGCGAGGCCAAACGAGAGUUCCUGGACGCCGAGGCCGUUUGCAGGCGCUUGGAGGAUUUGGAAGCGUCUCGGACCACCACGAAGGCCAAAGUGGAACCUCAUCCCAAGCUUGCGCAGGAUUCGGUGGAGGUUUACAAGAGCAGUGGGAGUUUACAAGGAGCUCCUUGCGUCUCUCUGCAGGGUUCCCAGGUUCAGCUGCUCUUGUCCAGUUCUCCGAGCCGCAAGGCCACCGGAUCUCACCUGUCCUUGAGCGCUUUGUCUGACCUCUCCAGGUGCAUCGAUCUGGACAUCUGUCCAUCCACUCCUACAGUGGAGCGAUCGAGACGGCUCAGCUGUCCUCGGCUGGAGGGCCUCAGCAGCGGAGGCUACACCAAACUUGAAGGCCUUGGCGGCGAAUCCUUCGAGUCCACAGACAACGCCACGUUCAGUCGAGAGAGCUCCGUUGAGGUUUUGGAAAAGGACCAGGAGCUUUGUGGGCAGGAGUGUACCACCAUCAGACAGUAUUCAAAGAAACAGAAACUCCUAAUGGUUUGCCAGUCGGACACCACUCUAGAAGAUGUGGACAUGGAGAGAGUAGAAGUUUAACUGUCUGACAUGCAGUGAUGGUCUAAACUAGGGAUGCACGAUGUUAGAUUUUUGCCGAUAUCCGAUAUACCGAUAUUUUGGAAGAAAGCCGAUAUGUUUUAUAUUUACGUUUGUUUUGAAACAACAACACAGUCUUUCCUGUGUGGAAAUGAUAAACAAAUUAUUUUAACUUUGGAUAGUUUUGAAGUAAUACACUUUAAUAAAGUUAUUUUUUUAAUGAGAGUACAUUGAAAACCUGGA